CCUGGGCGCUUUGCCGCCGGUGGACUUACGCGCGGUCUGCUUAGUUCUUGCCAUCGUUUAAAGAGUAAUCUCGGAAACAAACCAAAUAACAAGGUUUGCUCCCGCUAACGCAAACUUAUACAGCAGUCCUGGCUUAUGUUGAUUGGUUGAAAAUUUUCCUUAGUUUCAUUGGUUCAAUGACGUCAUUGACUCUUCGCUUAUUCGAUAGGUCACUUGUCUAAAAUCAAAAAACGUUCCUUCCUGUAAGUCCCGAGGCGCGAUUUUUUUUAGGAAAUCAUUAACUUUCCCAACAUAAGACAUUCAGAAAUAGUAACAUAAGUUCAAAAUAAACAUACGAUGUACUUUAACUUAAUCGAGACCAUUUUAUAGAAAGCUAGGAUCAGCGAACAGGGUAAGGGAGUGGCAUUGCUGUGUGCAUAACAAUAACACAGUGCUGUGCAUAAAAGCAGACCGACCCAGGCCGGAGAAUCAUUUCUUCUAAUUUCUGAAAACGCACAUCAGGAUGGCCUCCGCAUCACUGCCACGAAGGAAGAUCCUCUCCGCGCAACAGGCUUUGGACCUGCUUCUUGAUAUGGACGCACUAGAUUCUGACGGAGGCCAGGUUUCGUUUGACCAGCAGCUGACUGAUGCCUCAUUGGAAGAGUCCGAAAUGGAGACGGAACAAGAACCCGACAUGCCUCCACGAAAGAUGCGCCGUGGUACCAGGAAACCCUGUGCGAGCCAGACGGCAAAAAACGGAACUGUGUGGGUAGAGGAGGAUAUUGGAAGUGGAACGCCCAGUGCAUCAGCACAUCCCUCGCGCUUCACUGCGUGCGCUGGACCCACAGAGUCUGCCAAGCGUAAAAUUACAAGCGUGCUCCAAAGCUUCCUCUGCCUGUUAGACAAGGGAAUGCUGUUGACCAUCAAAGAGUGUACGGUCCAUCAAGCCAGCAGAACAGAGCCGGAAUGGAAGCUGACAAUUCAUGAACUGAUGGCAUUCAUUUCUAUUCUGUUUGUGAGAGCAAUCAUGUGUCCCGUUGGCGCCAUUGUGGAUUGCUGGUCGGAAAACUUUCUGGUGCCGCUUAUUAAAGAGACAAUGUCCCGAGAUAGAUUCCUUUCAAUUAUGCAGCACCUUCGAUUUGAUGACAAGGACACGCGGGCAGAACGGGUGAAAACAGACAGAUUUGCUGCGAUCUCUGACAUCUGGACACGAUUCACCAAGAACUGUGCCGAGAGUUUCACUCCAGGAGAACACAUGACUAUAGACAAACAGGUGUUCCCAACCAAGGUUCGUUGUCCAUUCACACAGUAUAUCGCAUCAAAGCCGGAUGCAAGUAAAUGCAAAUUUGGGAUCAAAUUCUUGAUGGCAAUGGAUUGGGAGACCAAAUACAUCUGCAAUGUGUCCCCUGACUUGGGAAAGGACCCCAGUCAUCAUAAAGGGGAGAGGCUGGCAGAGAACUUGGUCAUGAGUCUGAUGGAGCCAUUUCUGGAUGACGGGAGAAAUGUCACAACGGACAGUUUCUUCACCUCACUGUCACUGUCACACAGACUGCUUCAGCGCAACACGACUCUACUGGGCACGGUGAAUAAAGUUUGCCGUGAACUUCCUCCAUCAGCAAAGGACACUGCAGAGCGAGAGGAAUUCUCCACAUCAGUGUUUAGAAAUGGCAGUGUCUCCUUGACGAUCUACACACCAAAAAAAAAGAAAACUGUGUGUCUUCUAAGUUCCUUGCACCGAGACGUGACGAUCGGAGACUGCAGAAAGAGGAAACCCAACACGAUAAACGACUACAACCACAUGAAGUGUGGUGUAGAUGUGUUGGACCAAAUGGCACGCAUGUAUUCAGUACGAGCACCAACACGCAGGUGGCCAGUAGCUGUAUUUUACAACAUGCUGGACCUGGCGGCGGCGAAUGCCUACAUUCUGUACAAGGCAUGCACAGGGUGGAAAGGCAAAAGAAGAUUGUUUCUGAGUCUUCUAGCCAAGGAGCUCUGUUGCCAAUUUAUGCAGCAAAAGGAAAUGGAGGCAGAGAGGAAGGCUGCUGCAGCGUUUGCUUCUGUUGUGGCAGGGCCUAUACAGACAACUCAGUGCCAGGUACAAGAGAGCUGCAACAGAAAUCGCAGCAGGUUUAUCUGUGCAACAUGUCAGAAAUUCACCUGUGCCAAAUGCAGGGAGGAUAGUCACUGGGUCUGCAAACGCUGCGAUAACAGACAGAAAGACAGACUGUAUGUGAGAGUAACCCUUAAGAAAAAAGCCACCAAGAGUCCCAAGAAGGCGGUAAAGCCAGCGGCAGCAAAGAAGGCCACCAAAAGUCCCAAGAAGGCGGUAAAGCCGGCGGCAGCAAAGGCCACCAAAAGUCCCAAGAAGGCGGUAAAGCCGGCGGCAGCAAAGGAGGCCACCAAGAGCCCAAAGAAAGCAAAGGCAGCCAAGCCUUGUAUUAAGCUAACUUUUAAAUGAAAGUAAAGUGUUUUGGGAGCAUGACUGUGGUCAUAUUUAGGGUUAAAAUUAUAGAAAUAAGUACAUAUUACCAUUUUUAGUGACUCUACAAAACAUCUGCGAAUCCUCAUUUGCGACGGCUUCUGGAACCUAACCUCGCAAAUGUCCGAGGUCUGACUGUAUAGCAGUUGUUUAUGUUCUUACAUUCCCACCUUCCCUUUAAACAGUACUCCUUGUAUGUAGCUUAUGCAUCAAUGUUGAAAUGCUUUCCUUGUCCUAGUAGCAUAAAAUUCUAUUUAGAUUGUUUGUUUAUUUUUGUUAGUUUUUAAGGCCCUUCUUAGUAGGCCAGUGUCUACUCAAGAGUGUCAACUACAGAGGAAAAUAAAUUACUCUGAUUUUACCAUUAA